AUGCGCUUCUUCACGUCAAAGGCCAAAACGGCGGACGUAUCCCCACCGCCCAGUAAGCAAGAGCCGGACAUGGAGGUGCAACAUGUUGAUGCUAUCCAUGUCGAUGCGCUCCAAGGACGCAAGGAAAAAGAGCUUGCAUUGGAAGAGGAUCACCUCCCUGGCUUCUCGCAUGUGGAAGCCUCGGCGGUCGACGAGAUCUAUCAGCGUAAGGUGUACAUCAUGAACAAGAUCAUGAACGAGCACAUCGGUAUGACUUGGUGGCAGUAUGGCCUGUUGCUUGUAUCGGGUGUGGGCUGGUUCCUGGACAAUGCUUGGCUCCAGUUGGUUGCCGUCAUUCUCACAUCUGCAUACAAGGAAUUUCACCCGGAGGAUGAGUCGAGCCGGAACACGGCGUUCCUGAAUACGGCUUUGUACAUGGGUCUAAUUUUUGGUGCGGCAUUCUGGGGCUACGCGGCCGAUAUCGUGGGACGUCGAUUCUCAUUCAACGCGACACUAUUGAUUUGUGGUGUAUUUGGCGUCGCGGCUGGCGGAGCAAAGAGCUUUGUGGCGCUGGGUUCUCUGCUAGCGUGUACCGGCUUUGGCAUUGGAGGGAGUCUGCCCGUCGAUGGAAUGCUCUUUCUCGAGUUCCUUCCUGGCGCUCGGCAGCAACUUCUUACGCUGCUGUCUGUCUUCUGGCCCCUGGGUCAGCUGGUUACAUCGCUAAUCGCCUGGGGCUUCAUCCCUAAGUGGACAUGCCAUGACACCAACUGCUACGAGUUUAAUGGCAGCGGCUGGCGCACGCACAAUGUUGGUUGGCGCUAUGUCCUUUUCACUACCGGUGCCUAUACGCUGCUGUGCUUCAUUGCACGCUUUUUCAUCUUCCGAAUUCCGGAAAGCCCAAAGUUCUUGAUCUCCAAAGGACGCGAUGCAGAUGCAGUCGUCGCAAUGCACAAGCUUGCACAGAUGUGCGGCAAGCCACUACCAGAGGGCAUGCUAACGGUGGCUACGUUGCGCAGCGCAGCAGGCCAAGAUGUCGACAUGACGGAGGUGACCAUGGAAGAGACGAUGAAGCCAAGCAUGAUAGGCAGGCUCCAGUUCAUGUACAAGGACUUUAUCACAAACGUUACAACUUCGCACUCUCACAAUCCUUUUGGCCAUCUCAAGCCGCUCUUCUCAAGUUGGGCACUAGGAUAUACGACUGCUGUGAUCUGGGCACUCUGGGCGCUUAUUGGUCUCGCCUACCCUCUUUUCAAUUCGUUUAUCCUGUUGUACCUAGGCGGGGAUUCGAAGCCUGAAAAUAGGGUCUACCGCGACUACGUAAUUGUCUCUGUGUGUGGUAUUCCAGGUUCGCUGCUGGCGGCCUGGUUGGUGGAUUUACCCCGCAGUGGCCGACGCGGUGCAAUGGCAUUUGGUACGCUACUGACAGGUGUUUUCCUGUUUGGUUUCACCGGUGCGGGCGGUAGCUCUGAUUCUCAACUUGCGUUCAGCUCGGUGGUCUCCUUCACGCAAAAUAUCAUGUACGGAGUACUGUUCUGCUACACUCCCGAGACGUUCCCCGCACCGCUACGUGGUGCUGCGGAUGGUGUGGGCUCCAGUCUCAACCGUCUCUUUGGUCUGUUUGCCUCCAUCAUCUAUAUCUACGGUGGCGAUAAUGCCUCGGCCCCUAUUUACGUGUCAGCCAGUCUUUUUAUCGUUUGUGCGCUGCUUAUGCUCACGCUACGGCCUAAGGACAUUGAAAAGACGGAGGAUGCUGGCACCGAGACUCUCCGCCAUUCACAUGUCGAAGUCGCCGCCGUCGAUGAGGUGUACACGCGCAAGGUCUAUGUGUUCAACAAGAUUAUCAACGAACAUAUCGGCAUGAAUGCCUGGCAGUGGUGGCUCCUCGUCGUCGCCGGCAUGGGCUGGUUCGUCGACAAUGCAUGGCUUCAGCUGGUCGCAUUGAUUCUGCCACAAGUGAGAGCCGAGUUCUUCACGGCUCAGGAGCUGGAGCAGCAGCCACACAAGUCGGCAUUUCUGACCCUGUCGAUGUUUGCCGGUACGGUGGUCGGUUCUAUAUUCUGGGGCUACCUCGCGGACGUUAUCGGGCGCCGCCCUUCGUUCAACAUUACACUCCUGCUUUGCGGUGUGUUCGGUAUCGCGGCUGGCGGUGCUAAGUCGUUUGCAGCGCUGGCGAGCCUUUUUGGCAUAGCCUCCUUUGGCAUUGGUGGUAGCCUGCCCGUGGACGGUAUGCUCUUCCUCGAGUUCUUGCCAGGUAGCCACCAGUACUUACUGACGCUCCUGUCCGUGUCGUGGUCUCUCGGCCAGCUCGUUACCUCGCUGAUUGGUUGGGGCUUCAUUUCUGGCUGGAACUGUGCUACGCACGAGGACUGCGGCAACCUGUACAAUUCACAAGGAUGGCUCGAACUGAAUCUCGGCUGGCGCUAUGUCGUCUUCACGACCGGCGCUUACACGCUCUUCUGCUUCUUUGUUCGGUUUAUUGUGUUCCCCCUACCGGAGAGUCCCAAGUAUUACCUGGCCAAUGGCCGCGAUGCGCAGGCUGUACGUGCGAUGCACAAAUUUGCAGCCUUGUGCGGCAAGCCGCUGCCAGAAGGCAUGUUGACCGUGGCUUCGCUUCGCGAGGCUGCCGGUGAGCCGCCCGCAGACGAGUACGAGGAGGUGCCCGAAAAGCCCAAAGGACUCGUGGCGCGUUGUAAGAACUGGUUCACGGAGGUGCGUGAAAAUGUCCACCAUGCCAAGCACGUAUCUCUAUACCAUCAGAUCAAGCCGUUAUUCUCAUCUUGGGCGCUCGGAUACACAACAAGCAUGACCUGGUUCCUGUGGCUACUCAUUGGUCUUGCAUACCCCCUGUUCAACUCGUUCAUCGUGGCGUACCUUGGCUCGUCGGGUGACACUUCCUUGUCUAAGACGUACCGCAACUAUGUGAUUAUAUCCGUGUGUGGUGUGCCCGGCAGUGUGAUUGGCGCGUGGAUGGUGACGUGGCCGCGCUCAGGCCGACGCGGCGCUAUGGCCAUUGGUACGCUGCUCUCGGGUGUGUUCCUGUUUGGCUUUACGGGUGUGGGUGCCAAUGCGAAUGGGCAGCUGGCCUUCUUCUCGGUGACGAACUUUUUCGAGAACAUCAUGUAUGGUGUGCUGUACUGCUAUACGCCCGAGUCGUUCCCUGCACCGCUGCGCGGCACGGCGGACGGCAUCGCAGCCAUGCUUAACCGUCUAAUGGGUAUCGUCGCGACGCUCAUUUACAUCUACACAACGUCGACGGACCCGCCCAUCUACACAUCGGCGACACUGUUCCUCGUGGCGGGCCUGCUCAUGCUGACGCUGCGCGUUGAAACGGCCGCCCGCACAUCAAUUUAA